AUGGACAAAAUUAAAGAAGAGGAGCCUGUAAUUUUGGCCCAUUUCGUUCAUAUUAAGAUCUUCACGCAGAUCCUAUCAGUAGCAGACGCUGAGACUGAGCAGCGAUCUCAAGCCUCUCAGCUACAACCAAGGAUUGUCAAGUUCUUGAAACCAAACAAGGCCGUUAUCCUUCUCCAGGGCCGCUUCGCCGGCAGGAAGGCUAUGAUUGUCCGAUCCUUCGAUGACGGCACACGCGACCGCCCCUACGGCCACUGCCUUGUCGCUGGCAUAUCCAAGUACCCAUCGAAGGUGAUCAAGAAAGACUCUUCGAAGAAGACAGCCAAGAAGUCACGAGUGAAAGCGUUUAUGAAGGUUGUUAAUUAUAGCCAUCUGAUGCCUGCUAGAUACACUUUUGAUGUAGGCUUGAAGGAUAUGGUUAGUCCUGAUGCGUUGGUGACGAAGGACAAGAAGGUUACGGCUGACAAAGUAAUCAAGAAGAGGUUUGAGGAGAGAUUCAAGACUGGGAAGAACCGAUGGUUCUUUUCCAAGCUCAGGUUUUGAAUUGGAAAUUUGAUUUUUUUCCGGGCAUGUUAUAUGAUUUAAGUUACAAUUGAGUUCUUGGGUUAAAGAGAUUCUGUUAAUUGAUUGAAAAGCUAGUUCCUUUGGAUUUAA